AUGAUUAUAUUCAUUCUAUGUAGAAAAAUUGGAUCGGGUCACUGGUGUUCAUGUUGUCUUCAAGGUUUUUUACUUGGUUCUCUAUUAGCUGGACUAGUAUUGGCUAUUGUAAUCACACUUUGGCUAACGUCGGGAAAAACAACUACUAAUUCUAUUAUAGAAGCUCGACAACUUCAUCGACAGCUAGCUGGACAACUUCAUCAACAACUAGCUCGACAACUUCAUCAACAACCACAUCGACAACCUCAUCGACAAGUAGCUCGACAACUUCAUCGACAACCACAUCGACAACCUCAUCUACAACUACCACUGAAACUCCAACGUGUUCGCGCAACGUGGUUAUGGGAUACAAAUGGUGAAACAGUAGCUGGUCUGAGUGGCUCGCCAGGUAGUAACUCCAGUCAAUUAGAUUCACCAUGGAAUAUCUAUGUUGAUCCAACAAAUGGUACUCUUUAUAUUGCCGAUUCUCAAAAUCAUCGUAUUCAGCGAUGGCUGACAGGAGCAACAAGUGGCACAACAAUUGCUGGUACCGGCAGCCCAGCAGGAUUGACAGUUUCAUCAAGCUGGGUUUCUCAUGGUUCCUUGUGGGGAGUUCAAGUCGUUAAUAAUGCGAUAUAUGCUUGUGAUAAUUCUAACUCAGCUAUAUGGAAAAAUGGAUCAGCAGUAGCUGGUAAUCAAGGAACAGGAGCCGGUGCCACUCAACUUAAUUUACCACAAGGCUUUGCUGUUGACACAUCGAUCACCGUAGGUACUGUUUAUGCCGUAAAUUCACAACAGCAUACAAUAGUAAAAUGGUCAGCUGGUGCUGCACAAGGAACUGUAGUGGCAGGUGUUAACGGCAUAGCUGGGAUUGAUUCGACCCAUCUCAAAUAUCCUGUUUCUAUUAAACUUGAUUCGUAUAAUAAUAUGUUUGUCGUAGACAACAAUAACCAUCGUAUCCAACUUUUCUGUCAAUAUCCAAUAGUCAAUACAACAGCACGUACUAUUGUUGGCACUGGUGUAAUGGGACAGACAUCUCAAACACUCUAUUUUCCAGCAGGAAUUGCUCUAGAUGCAUCACUUAACUUGUAUGUUUCAGACACAAGUAAUCAUCGUGUACAAAAAUUUCGACGUCUUCUCUAA